AUGUGGUUGAUAUGGAAGAACAGAAACUCGAUUCUAUAUGCUGAUACGCAGGAUUCCACUUCAAGGAUGCUUCAAGACAUGAAGGAGGAAGUGGACCAAUGGUUCUUUUUAAACUCAACGACAGCAGGAGUUGACAGUUCACGAACCGGAGUAGCAGAGGAUGAUAAAUGGCAACUGCCCGAGAUUGGAGUACUAAAAUGCAAUAUACACGCCAACUGGAGGAAUGCUUUCUUGCAUAGCGGGGUUGCUUGGAUAACAAGGGAUCAUGAAGGUAAUGUUUCGCAUCACUCAAGAGAUGCACUAUGCCAUAUGCCAAAUCGAAUGGUAGCAGAGCUCCAAUGCGUGUUGUGGGCUAUGAGAAGUCUGCGCGAUUUGCAGAUGACUAAGGUAACCAUUGCACUUGACUAUCAGGAAGUGAUGGAAGCUAUAAUCUCUCCUCAGAAAUGGCCAGGGUUCCGUAAUCUCUUGGAACAGGUGGAGAAGCUUAAAGGUGAGUUUGAAAGCUUAACGUUUGAAUGUGUUAAGGCGUCUUCAAAUGGAAUAGCCAGAGAUAUUGCUAAGAGUGUGCUGCGGGAUGGAAGAUAUCAAUCCUACUUGGCAUUGGGAGGCCCUUCCUGGUUGCACGACCGCAUCUUGAGAGAAAAUCAGAGAAGCAACGUUUGA